UUCGAUAUGCGAGUGGCAAGGAUGCAAGAAGAGAAAUUCCGUCCUCCCCAAAGAGUCCCCAAGCGCUGGCAGGUCAAAGCACAAGGAUUUGAAGAGAGAUUACGUGUAUCAUACGUCGUACUUCAUGCGGGCCUGAUGUCAGCGUCAGUGUCAGUCGAUAGAGAGAGGACGACGUGCAUGCUUGUGUUCGUGUGCCUGUGGGCUGAGUGCUGGAGCGUGUUGGCGCAAGAAGCUGCCGGGAGAAUUAAGCGACCUAAGGUAUGUACAAACGCGUGCGGAUCGACGUGUUAUUGCGCAUGGAGCCCAGCGCACACCGACAAAUAGUCCAAAAAAGAGAGCCAAACGUGCAUGACUUGUCCGUUGUCGGGAAGUCCCGAGAGCCGGAGUCGUAAGAGCAAACCGAAGAGACGUGCUGUAUGUG